UGUGCUUCAGCCACAUCAGACAACAGGUUGUGAAUGUGUUGGGCUUUUUCAUCAUGUGUUCUCCAGCCCCAGCCUGACUGUCCUCUCUUCUCUCUUCUCCCCAAAGGUCGGAAACUCUUGUCCUUUUGUACCUGUUCCCAUGAAAUCCAGAUUGUGAAGAUUGGAAGUCCGAGUCCCAUCAGUCAGUCAUCAUGUCAUACAGCGGCAUCACCCCAUACGGCUCUGCUUAUCGGCAGCAGUCUCAACCACAAGAACAACAACCGGAGCAACAACGUCGACUAUCAGAGCCGAAAGCCUACCGUCCAUAUCAACCGUACCGGCCACCUACACAGCAGCUAGGGCCAAGUGGUAGUCAUGAGACUAAUAGCCGACGUUCGUCUAUUGCAAGCCAGUCAUCUUUGGCUUCCUCGCUCGCAAAGUUUGACCUUGGCGAUAGCUCCAUGGUUCCGGCACCCUUGAGAGUUCAACAUAGGCCCGUCUCGAGCCAAAUACCGACCCAGUGCCAGACACCGCAGUCACCACAGGCAGAACAAAACUACAAACCUUAUUCUCCACCUUCUUCGCGGCAUCGUGACUCGGUCACAUCCACGGCCGGACGACGGACCUCCAAUGGCUUUGUUGCUGAGCUUGAAGGGUCAUUACCUCCUCCUGUGCGGGAGAGUAAUACUGUGGAGCCCUCUUCAGAUGUCCCUCCCCCGAAACCGGCCAAGAAAUUGGAAACUCCUGACAGUGAAGGGCUGAUCGUCGUAGAAGCCGAAGCCUUACCUUCUGUCCCCGGCUCUUGGCCUGCCUCACUUGAAGAACAGUCAGACAGUGGAUAUCAACCUCCUUUUGCCCAGCCUCAAUAUCAGAAACCGAUUUCACCACCCUCGCUUCAUGACGAGUCAACACAGAGCACGCCGAGUCCUCCGCCUGUGCAAUAUUCAUCAGCUUCCCAGCAACAAGCGCCUAUCCCUCCCCCAGUGCCACAACCGACCUACACGUCUGCUCCGGCUCAGCCAGGGUUCCAGAGUUUUUCACCUCCACAGUCACCACCGCUGCUGCCGUCCGGGAAAACUUCGGCUCCGUUCACUUCCCCAUAUUGCCAACCUGGCAACUACGGUUCUGCGCCUUCGCCUGGAUUCAGCCAAGCCCCAACAUCUCCGGUUGAGCAAGCACCUCCGCCGCCUCCAUAUCAGCAGCAAACCUACGGCAGCCCUCCCCAUUCACCACCACGUCCCCCUCCUCAGUCAACACGGCCAACUUCUCUGUAUUUCUCCGGCUACCACUGUCCACCGACACCAAUCCUCAACACCAGCAACUUACCACUCACUCCUCCAACCCAACAAGGAUCUUUCUCACCCGCCUCUCCGCAAUCAUCUACAGCCGGGAACCACAGACACUCAUUCUCGUACUUUCCAGCCGCCUACCCACCCCGGCCUUCACCACCAACCCAACAUCAACCAGCGACGACCCUGCCCUCACCAACAAUUACCUCCCCUUCAUCACCGUUCCCUUCGUCACCUCCAGCUGUAAACCCCUCAGCCCCACCAAGCUAUCCCUCCACCCCAGCGCAUCAACAACAACAAGCUCAACCAACAAUAACCUACACUACCGCCCCCUCACAACCCACUUACUCCUCCCAACAUUCCUCCCCCACUUCCACCCCAUCUUUCUCUUCGUCUUCAUCCACUUCAGGAGCCACAAAACUAGGCGGAGCCCUGUACCACUUCCACUCUCCUCCCCACCCCUCGCUCAACUCCAAGUUAUCUAUCAACGGACUGAAAAGGACGGCUGCGGGACUGGGCGGGGCGAUCAAGAAUGUGGCAAACGUGGUGGAAGUUGCGGGCAGAGAGGCAGUUAAGGCGGGGAGGGCGGCGGCGGCUGCUGCUGGGGAGAGGGAGUCGGGAAAGACGUACACGGGGAGUUUUGGGAGGAGGGUGAGUGGGAUGGGGUUUUAUGGUGGUGGUGGUAGAGGGUAGGUACCUCUAGCUAAAGUAGGGUGGACUUGUUUGAGGUUUGCUGGGAGUGCCCCGGUGAUAAAAAAAAAAAAAAACUUGGAUAAUGUACCUAUGUAGUAGAGAUGCGUGGGUGGGUUGAGGCAAGGCUCUCGGGAACGGAACUGAGGGGGAAAGGCAAGGUAUCUAUUCUCAGAGCAAAAGCUGCCUCUAAGGGCCUGGCACAACUACCUAGCACAAUCAACAUCAAGGUCAAAAAAGAGAGUAGAAGCAAGUAUACCAGAUCGUUGUAUUGACAGUCUGAAAAUAGGUAUAUGUGCAGUCCACCCUAGCAGGC